UUUUGUUUUAAUUCUUCACCUGGGGAGAUGCUAACUUUUUAAUCCUCCUAAAUUUGUUAGAUAUGGUACUGGAUUUUAAUGGGAUUAACCUUACAACAAUCAUCUUGAUCAGGAAAAAUUGAUUUGUAUUGGAUAUUUAUUUAAAAUGGAUCCUUAUAGUCCAUCACAUCCGACUGAUCAGGAUAUGGAUUUAGAGUCUAAUUCUCCUGCAACUCCGGAACAAGAUGCUAAUCAGAACCAAUUACCUCCUGACCAGUCUCUUAGUGAUGUUGUGCCAUUGCUUUUUAACUCUAAUACAUUUGACUGUGCGCAGGAUACUAAUGUUCUUCAACCAAACCAUAAUGUGGAGGGACCACACUCCGAGGUAAGCAACGAACCUAAUUCAUCAGAAGAAAGAGGGUGCGUUCCGCCUUUUUCAGUUAAGUCAGCUGAAGAAAACGUUCCCGAAGAGACGAAGCACGACUAUCAAGCUCACACAAGACCGUCCAGUGUCCACAAACGGUCUGUCCAACCGCAUCACCGUAGGAGUAGAUCACGUUCUCCCAAAAGAGGUAAUAAGUUCGAGGAUAAGAAAAGUAGGAGGUCCCGGUCUCAUUCAAGGCACCGUGUUCGCAAGCACCGUUCGAGAUCUCGUUCCAAAGAACGCAGACGGAGCCGAUCUAGAACACCUCCAAGACAUUCUCGAGUAGUUGAACGCCUCCCGGGUCCACGUUCUCGUUCGCGAUCUCCAGCUAAAUCAAGAAGGUCGGUUAAUGAAAAACGUGUUUCCCGGUUUUCUGAUGAACCAGAUUUUUCGUAUAAAGCGAAGGAACGGGACUCUUUCGUUGGUGGUGGACACAAAGACUCGGACUCGGUACGUUGGGACGUUUCACAACAUGUGGAAGAACAGUCUGCACCUGAGGCAGGCAUAACAAAUGAACCAACUAACUCCCCAACAGGGUUGAAUGAUGCAAAGCAUGUCCCUAACGUUACUGUCGAUAUAUUCCCUCAAAGUCAACCGCGAUCCACUGUUCAACCUUUGAGCAGGUGGCAAAAUGCUGCUUGUAACAACUCUGCUUUUCUGCACAGGAUCCCACAAAUGAAUUAUAGUCCUAUGCGAUUUCCUCAAAAUAACUAUGGACUUAUGGGGAUUUCCACUUCAACAUUCCCAUCAGGCGUAAUACCAUAUCCCAGUGCACCAAUGCCUCCGAAUUUUAUGCAGCCACCUCCUAUGAUCGUCCCCAGAUUGAGUACAACCAUGCUUCCUGGGACUAAUUCAGUUUUCCCUGGUCAAUGCAUGCAAUCAGUGCCGAGCUUGCCUAUGGUAAUGUCGGGUCCUGGUUUCCAAACUAAUGCUCUGCCUCCACCUCCUCCUCCACCACCACCGCCACCACCUACAUUUGCGCAGCAGAUGCAGGCCCCAGCUUCCAAUCUCUUAGAAACCUUAAUGAGCAGGGCAGGUCUACCUUGUAAUACACUAAGCGAUUUGAAUCUAAAUACUAAACCAAAUGACAAACCUGAUUCUGUUCGUGAGAGCUCUCCCAUGAAGCAAAUCAACAAACUGUUAAGCUCAGCUGCAAGUUCUCUUUUAAACCAACUUGCAGGUAGCCAAAGAACUGAUGUAGACACUUCCUCUUCCGACCCAUUGCCACCUCCUCCUCCACCACCGUUACCGUUCCAACAACAUAAUGAGCUGCCGUCAACCACUUCUACUCUACUACAUUCAUUCGUACCUCCUCCACUCCCAGCGGUAAUUAAUCAGUUUUCUAACAAUGAAGUCGGUGACAAGGUGCUGCCUAAUGGUGCAUGUGGAGAAAAUAAAAAGGAAAAUAAGAAACCUUUUGGAGAUAUGAGGAUUGAGGAAGUACUAGCAAAGCGGAAAAGAUACGACUUCUCUUCACGUCGUGAGUGGCAAGAACGUAUCGCAUUGGAAGUGAAAUCAGUUUUAAAACCUGCAUACUCUCUACGACGUAUAAAUAAAGAAGAUUACAAAGAAAUUAUGAAAAAGGCUGUUACUAAGAUUUCACGAAGUGGUACUUCUUCAAUCAAUACAGAAAAAAUAAGCACAUUUGUAAAGCUGUAUAUUGAAAAAUAUCAUCGUAUGCAUAAAAUAAAAGCUCAGGCAACUGCGAAGACAACUGUACAGUGAACGUGUUAUUUUAAUUUCAUUGUAAAUUGUAUAUAAUAUAGAUUAUUUAAUAUAUA